ACUCUCUCUCUCUCUGUGUCGGUCUGUGAGCUUUUGUUUAUUUACCAUUGAGUGCGUCGGUCACUCGGCCUGACUGAAGAGGAGAAACAGCAUGACAGCCCUCCGGAUUCUGUCUGUGUCUGCGCUGAUGUGUCAGAUGUCCAUCUCUGCGUCUCUGCACUGGAGGAGAGCUCUGUUCCCAUCAGCCUUCAGAGUGAAGCGAGGGACGCCAGCGCUGCUCAACCCCACGUUUCAGAAAUCAGCGGAGGACGCCAGCCUUCUGUACGAGGUGUUGUGGUCGGGAGGGUACAUGGACGCGGUGAACGGGAUGCUCCACAUAUCCGAUCAGGAGCUGGCGUCCAUGCGGAAGCUAGAGCUUCUGGAGGUGCUGUGUGAGGACGUGCUUCCCAGAAGCCUCUCGGAGAUCCAGCGGCUCAGUGCUCAGAUGGAGCUGCGCCGCGGAUCGCUGCGGAUGGACGACUUUGAGCGCACCGUCCUCACGAUGGUGUUUACUGCUCAACAGCUCCAACAUACCAGCCCCGGCCACCAGAGAGAGCUGUGGGUGAAUGCACUCCUACGACUCUAUAAAGCCAUCAAAGGAGACCUGCGGCCGGAGUCGAGUAAAGCUACAAAUGCCUGACUCUGAGAGAAGCGUCUCAUGUCUCAAGAGUAUGAGUCUACUGCAGUGCUUCUCAGCCAGGGGCUGCAGGACUGUCCCAGCUAACAGGGAACGUUCUGGCAAGCUUCUCUCAAAGUUAUGAACAAACUUUCUUCCAGCAGCAUUAAUAGAGCAUUUAUUCAAAGUGAUCUGGUCUUUAAUAAGAUCAUCAAAA